CUAUGGAUUGAGCGGGCGGGUGAUGACGUACGCCAACCAGUACGUGGUUUUUGUAUUAGUGAUCUUACAGGAUGGAUGGGAAUAUGGAUGCUGUAGAUGCCCCACUGCAUCAGGAUGAGCGUGAACCGCUUCUUGGACGGUCUGAGGAUGUUGAGGAUGGGCAUGGUGGACGGGCGGAUGAAGGGUGGUUUCGGAGAUUGCGCUCCAAUCACUCUACGAAACGUGUUUUGGGGAAACUGGGGUUAUAUCUAUUCGGCUUUCUAGUGGUUUUAUUAGGACUUUUUGCGUUACUUGCAAGACCCUUAUUCGCUCGGACACCUCCUCUGGCCACUCCAGAUACCCCACCCCCUUCCUUCCCCUCAACCGGCAUCCGCAUGCUCGCAUACAACUUUUAUCUCCGUCCCCCGCCGAUUGAAUCCAUUGGGCGUGACUACAAAGAAGAUCGGUUAAACCUUUUUAUCGAGACUGCGAUCAAUGAGUUUGAUAUUAUGGCAUUGUCGGAGACUUUUGGGACGUUUAAUUCACGGCGGGAACGGUUGGUGGAUGCUGCUGCGGAACGGGGCUUACGCUAUUGGGCGCAUGGGAACGAACGGAAUUGGUGGAAGGGAACAUUUGUGGAUAGUGGGUUGUUGGUGUUGAGUCGGUUUCCCAUCAUUAAAACCGAAACCAUAUUGUAUCAAGGAGCGUACGGUCCUGAUAGGUAUGCAGCCAAAGGGGUCUUGUAUACUCAAAUCCUUCUCGACGAUACCCCCGACCGCAAAACCCGUCUUCACCUCUUUACAUCCCACCUUCAAGCAUCCUACCUCCCAGAUGACCCCGACGACGGCGACGACCUAACCGGGCCAGCAUCCUCGAUUCGGUACGAUCAAUUCAUUCAAAUGCGCUCUUUUAUAGAUUCCGUCCUAGAAGCAUCGGCAUACGACCCCGUGAACGACGCUGUUGUUCUCGCGGGGGACUUUAAUGUCCCUGGAGCGCGAUUCGGAGGGGAGCCGCAGAGAGAUGGCAAAGAGUACUUGCGCAUGUUGCAAACCUUGACAUCUCGUGAUGCAGAGGUGUUGGACGCAUUGAGGGAAGCGACGGGUCAACAGCCUCAGACAUGGAAACCAUGGAAGCAGUGUCUGAAAGGGACAGAGGAUGAUCAUAAGCAGGCUGGAAAACGCCUCGAUUAUAUUUUACAGUGGAGGCCGCGAGACGCUCACCAUGGACAUGUGAGCGUCUCUGUCAAUGAGACGGGUCUGAGACCUUUUAGAGUCCAAGAUCGACCGUUCAAUCAGUUGUCAGAUCAUACUGGCGUAACUAGUAUUCUUCGAUUAGCCCCCUCCAACACUUGAUUAGACCCCUGUAUGGCUGUAUAUAGAUACAGCGUAUGUAACUGACAGUUAUCAUUACUAUGUACAAUGUAUAUCUGUGUAGCAAAAAAUCCAUUGCCUAUAUAUGCGGCGCUCUUUAUUUAUGCA